AGUGAAAUAAUCCGAGAUAAUCCUGGCAUCCUGGACUGCGUGAAAGAAGGAAUCGGCAGAGUUGUAGGCAUGGGAGUACCCCAUAGCAAGCGUCUCCUUCCUCUGAUGGUCUUGACUUUUCCAUCUGCUCUACAUGGAGUUCUUCACUACGUCAUCAGUUCCAUCAUCCAGAAGCUUGUUUUGUUUGUUCUGAAAAGGGAUAAUUCCCACAACCUUCCAACUGAGAGCUCCACUUCUGUGCAGAGCAUGCUGGAUGCGUAUUUUCCAGAACUUAUUGCUAGCUUUGCUGCUAGCCUUUGUGCUGAUGUCAUGCUUUACCCACUGGAGACAGUUUUACACCGCCUUCAUAUUCAAGGGACACGCACAAUAAUUGACAAUACAGACCUUGGCUAUGAAGUGCUUCCGAUCAAUACUCAGUAUGAGGGAAUGAGAGACUGCAUAAAUACUAUAAAACGGGAAGAAGGAAUGCUAGGUUUUUAUAAAGGAUUUGGAGCUGUUAUAGUACAGUAUACCUUGCAUGUGGCAGUUUUACAGCUUACCAAAAUUAUUUACUCAACACUGCUUCAAAACGUUUCUUAAUCUGUUCAGGUGCGGAUCUAGCACAGUGGACAUGAUUAACUUACUAACCUGAUUAUUGUUUAAAAUUACUUAGAAAAUGAAGUUUGAAGAAUCUGCUCUGUGGAUUCUCCUUACACUGUAAAAGAACUUGUUUUAAAAAUGGGGAUAUAGAUUCCUAAGUGUAAUUAAAAAAGUACUGUUUAAAUUUAAAGUUGUAGACACAAAUUGAAUAUAUAAUGUACAGUCAUAGAGAAGGGAAUCGGAUUUCAAAUGUGGUUGGAAUGAAGAUUUACCUUUCCUCUUACCAGUGAACUGACUUAAGAAAUGGAUAUGAAUUCUUAAUAUCUGCUUUAUAAACAUC